CAUUUGGAUGAAAACAGCUGUUGAAACUUUUCGUCUUCUUUUUUUUUUUACUUUUGUUUCAUGGCAAAAUAAAGGUUCCAUGCUCCAUGUUAAAGACGAAAGAGUGCAUGCUGGUUCAUCACUAUUAUUAAGGGUACAAAACAGUUGAUCAAGAUGACGCAUCCUAUUGAAAUUGUAAGCCGGCCCCGAAAGUACCCAUUCGUCCAUAUGAAAAUUAACGACUUUACAGUUUUGGAUACCAUCGAAGGGCGGUAUAAUUGCUCGCAGUGUGCUCGUUCUCGUAAGUUUUUUUGCUACAGUUGUUAUAUACCAGUCGGAAAUCUGGGCGACAUAAUACCCACGGUGAAGAUUCCCCUUAAAAUUGAUAUUAUAAAACAUAAAAAAGAGAUUGAUGGCAAAAGUACUGCCGUACAUGCAGCAGUUCUUGCCGCAGACCAAGAUGUGCAAAUAUUUACCUACCCAGAUAUACCAGAUUAUUCAUUGGAGGAUAAUGUGGUCCUUAUAUUUCCCAGUGUGGAUAGCGUCACAGUGGCACAGCUAUUUGAGCGUAAUGUAAGGCUAUGUAGGGAAAACAAUUACGGAUUUCCCAAAGGCUAUAAUGUUGGCACUUUACUGAGAAAACGCCUGGAGGAGGUAGUCGAUGAAGAUUCUGGCGGACAAUGUACGGAAGAGCAAAACACAAAGUUGUAUACUUUUGAUAAUCUGCCCAUUAAAAAGGCCGUUUUUAUAGAUAGUACGUGGAACCAAAGUCGAGGUAUUUACAAAGAUGAACGAGUGAAGUGCUUAAAGCCCGUAGUUCUGCAAAAUAGAUGUUCACAAUUUUGGCGUCAUCAAAAAGGCAGCCCUCGCUGGUAUUUGGCAACGCUGGAAGCUGUACAUCAAUUUCUCCUAGAGGUGCACGUUAAUGCCUGGGGUUUGAAUAAGAACUACAAAGGAUUGGACAACUUGGAAAUAUGCGAUAAUUUCUAUAAAACAGCAAAGAUAAUAGACACAGACGAAGGCAACAUGCAUCCGCUAGCCCCAUAUAAUGGUCAAUACGACAAUUUGAUGUAUUUUUUCGCUAAUAUGUAUGACUUGAUACAUAAGUAUUAUGACCAUAAUGAAUUGAAAUCAUAUCGCAGACCAAUAUAAAGAAUAAAAAAGCUCCCAAACAAACAAAAGAA